AUGAACAGAGGAAGAUCUGUUUUCAGCCCUCCUCCCAAGAAGCGUAACUCUNNCACCCUCGCCGCUCUCGACAAGCCUCCCAUCCUGCGUCGUGGCAGAGAUGGCAUGUUCAUGACGACCGAGGAGAUUGAGCGCGACGACGCUCGCAUGGCUGCCGAGGAGAGAGCCCGCCCUUCUUCUCGCCCUCCGGUCAACAAGCCCGAGGAAGUCUUUCCCGCUUCGGGAUGGCCCACUGCNCCCCAAGCUCACGAGAGCACCGAGGAGGAGAUCCUCGCCCUGGCCCCCACCACNCCCUCCCCCAUCCCCGUCAGAAGCCCUCUCCGCCCCCGCCGCGCCCCUCCCGCCGCCACCGUGCAGCCCGACAGCCCCUCCUCCUCGCUGUUCGGGCCCGGNCCCGGAUUCCAGCANGGGACCCCCUGGUCAAUGACAGGNGCUCUACCUCCCGUGGUCGUCCUGGCUUCCCCCUCCCUGCCCCCCCUCGGCUCCCUCGGAGUAUCUGGGNNUGGUUCUUCUGCUGCUGCCUCUGUUGUCGAGGACGAGGGACCUCGUGGUGUCGACUACAACCCCGACACCACGGGGUUGGCCUCUGGCUUUUCGUCUUCGUCGUCGUCGGGAGCCUCGCUCCUUGUGAGUGACGGCACGGUGGUGGUUCCCCGCCGUAGAGUGACUCUGUAG